AUGCGUUUCUUCACUUCAUUCGCUGUCGCCGCUCUGGCUGCCGUCGCUGCUGCCAACAGCAAGGCUAAUCCUUUCAACAUCCCCACCGAUGGCUACACCUUCAAGGUUGGCGAGCCUACCACCUUCACCUGGAAGCCCACCACCAGCGGCACCGUGACUCUGCGCCUGCAGUGGGGUGCUGUGACCACCGCAACCUCUGGCACUGCCAUUGCCUCCAACAUUGAGAACUCGGGUAGCUACACCUGGGACGUGCCCUCCAACCUGGCCGCCCAGCCCGACUACACCAUUGAGAUCAUCUCUGACGAGGACGCCAACGACUACAACUACAUUGGCCGUUUCACCGUUGAGGGCGCAACUGUCUCCGUCACCUCGGCGACCGCCACCUCAACCACCGCCCACUCAACCUCCGAGUCCACCAGCUCCGCGACCACCACCUCGGAGUCGACCUCCAGCUCCAGCGUCAGCGCCAGCACCAGCUCGACUGCCAGCUCCAGCUCCAGCGCCAGUGCCACCACCAUGACCACCGCUUCCAGCACCUCGGCUUCUUCCACCGCCAGCUCCUCCGCCAGCUCCUCCGCCACCACCGAGAGCUCCAGCUCUGCUGCCUCUUCCACCGCCGCUACCUCCUCCGCUGCCUCCCAGAGCGCCGUGCCCACCACCGACUCCGGUGCUGGUGUCGCGAACCGCGUCUCCGGCGGUAUGCUGGCUCUCGUUGCCGGUGCCUUCUUGCUGUAA